AUGCCUGCGAAACUCUACCGAUCACCUUUCCCAGAUCUACAGAUCGAAUCUGUAGAUCUGCUCUCUUACUUGUUCUCGAACCCCUUGAACACCCCAUUAGAUCGACCCCUAUACAUCGACGCUAUUUCGGGGAAGCAAUAUACAUUUGGCGAUGUCAUUCAACGGGUAAAGUCACUGGCAAAUGGACUGAAACAGACAUUCGGCCUCAAGCCAGAAGAUGUUGUCGCCUUGUUCAGCCCCAACUCCAUCGAGUAUCCUAUCGCAUGCCAUUCGAUUGUCGGCGCCGGGGCUAUUAUGGCGCCGACUAGCGCAGCCUUGACGGUUUUGGAGCUCAAUGCUCAGCUCAAGGCCAGCAGGGCCCGAUUCCUUAUUGUGCAUUCGUCCUUGUUUGACACGGCACAGAGAGCGGCGAAGGGUACUUCUGUUGAGAAGAUUAUCCUCCUGGAUGGCCCGUCUCCAGUGAAUGGUCAGCCUACAUGCGAGUACAUCGCUAGCACAUUUGCUCCUGCUCCUCUAGCCGCAAUUCCACCCUCUGAAGCCUCGAAGAAAAUUGUAUUCAUCUGCUUUUCCUCCGGUACUUCUGGACCCUCGAAGGGUGUCAUCACAACACAUCAGAACCUCACAUCCAACUUGCAACAAUGGCGUGCCCACAUGCUCGAGACGGGUUCUUCUUCGCAACGAGUCCAGCGCAAGACUGCCAUCGCCUUCCUGCCAUUCAGCCACAUCUACGGUCUCAACUUGUAUAUGUGUCAGUGCCUGAUCUGGGGAACGUCAGUGGUUGUUAUGCCCAAGUUCGACUUGGACAGAUACCUUGGCUGUGUUCAGAAGUAUCGACCUGAUGAACUUGCCUUGGUACCGCCAAUUGCGCUCAUGAUCGUCAAAGACGAGCGCGCUGCUCAGUACGACCUUAGCAGUGUCAAACGGAUUAUGUCUGCCGCCGCACCUCUCACCAAUGAACUUUCUUCUGCCCUAGAAGCGAAGUUCAAAACGGUUUGGGGAACCGAGGUCUUUUGUACGCAGUCCUGGGGUCUGACUGAGACUUCGCCCAUGGCCACUGCGCUUCCGAAUGACCGUAUGGAUAAGCGUCAAUCAGGUGUUGGUUGUAUCACUAACAACAUGGAGUUCCGCUUCGUGGACCCCGAUACCAUGGAAGAUGCGGCUGUCAACCCCGACGGAACCACCCAGCCUGCCGAGAUCUGGUGUCGUGGCCCCAACGUGACCCGUGGGUAUUACAACAACGACGAGGCGACCGAGGGUGCAUUCCAUAUCGACUCGGAAGGGAAGAAGUGGUUCCGCACCGGAGAUAUCGCCACAAUCGACCGAGAGGGCUAUGUCGCUAUUCAAGAUCGCAUCAAGGAGAUGAUCAAGUACAAAGGCCUGCAGGUCAUUCCGAGCGAGCUCGAAGGCAAAUUGAUCGACCACCCAGACGUCGAGGACGCUGGCGUUGUUGGAGUAUGGGUGGACGAGAGAGCAACUGAACUCCCUCUAGCAUUUGUUGUUCUCAGUCGCCAGGCCAGGGAUAGAGAUCUCAAGGCUGUCAUAGAUGGGAUCCACUCGUGGUUAAAUCCGAAGAUUGCAAACCAUAAGCGUCUUCGGGGUGGCAUCCAUGUGCUGGAUCAGAUUCCUAAAAGUCCCAGCGGGAAGAUCUUGCGGAGACAGUUGAAGGAGCUUCUGAAGAACAGGAAGCCGAAAGCGCAGCUUUGA